AUGAAACGUGCGAGAAUCGACGGUCCGGACAAGACCCCGUCCUCGGGGGGCCAAGCCGGCCAGCAAGUCCACAUGCCAAAGAUCUCCAGGAAGAUACGCGCCUGCCAGGAAUGCCAAAAUCGUAAGAUCAAGUGCGGCAUUGAGCCCGGCCAGCAGACGUGCGCCCGCUGUUCGCGUCUCGGCCUGCAAUGUGUCGUCAACAAGAGUCUCCAGACCCUCCUGGACGGCGAGAAUGAGUGGAAGACCAAGAUGGAGAUGCAGCUGCAAGCUCUCCAAGCCUCCAUGAUUGAGGUUCAGCGCCACCUCAACAUGCCGCCGCUCAUGCCCCUCCAGGGCUUUCACGAGGGCGGGGGCAUGUCUCAGAGUCCUGUGAACGUCGCUGGGUCACAGAGCAGCCCAGGCACAGGCCCAUCGCCAAUUCGCCCUCCAGACGUCACGGCGAUGACGAGGGAAAACUCACCAGAGAUUCCCACCGCACAAGACAAUGGUGAAGACCAAGCUAUCGUGAGUGCGCCAAUGGCUAGCCUCUUCGAAGUGACCAAGCUACGGAACAUCCGGAGCGACCCCGGGGCCCGGGCCCACCUUCCGGUGGAUCGGACCUCGAAACCCGAUUUCUUCGACCAAGGCAAAUUUAGCCUCCAAGAGGCGGAGCAGCUUUUCUCCACGUUUCGUGGGACCCUUAACGCCUACUUGUGGGGAGGCAUCGCACUCAGACACGAGACCCUCGCGGCUACGCGCUACGCCUCUCCCCUUCUCACUGCGGCUAUACUCGCAGUAACCGCCUUACACGCCCAGGACGAAGGCCGUGCCUUUGACACGUGCUAUCCCAUCUUCCUCGAGCUAGCGAGCCAAGCAGUCUUUGACCGAUAUCACACGUUGGACGAUGUCCGAGGUCUCUGUGUGGGGGCGUUCUUCCUUUCGGACUUGAGCUGGAAGCUGAGUGGCCUGGCCGUUCGGAUAGCCACCGAGCUGAACCUCCAUCAAUUCUGCGCCAAAGCGCUCAACAAGGGGUCAUCAGAGUAUGUCGAGCAUGCAAGGCUAUGGUACUUCUUGUAUGUAUGCGACCACCACUUCAGCAUCGCCUAUGGAAGGCCGCCAGUCAUCAACGAGGACGCCAGCAUCGUCAACCAUGAGGACUUUUUGAAGCUGCCGGGCAUCACGCAGGCAGAUCAUCGUCUACACAGUCAGGUUGGUGUCUUUAUCAUUUUGAGUCGCGUUUUCCAUACGUUUGGCCCGGACAGGUCAAGACAAGUUGGCAGAGACGAGUUCGUCCAGCUGAAAAAGUUUGAUGAUGAACUUUGCUUCUGGAAGGCUAAGUGGGAAACUCGCCUAGAAGCGGAUAAGUUCAUCUCCAAGUAUCCCGCCAAGGGCGUCAUACUUCACUAUCAUUUCGCUCGUCUCCUAUUGUACUCCGUCUGCUUACGCGGCCUGAACGCGUCGAACCCAUCAGACCAGUAUGCCGUCUGCGACGAGCGCCGCAGCUUCAUUAACACCGCCAUCACGAGUGCGUCGGCCGCCCUGGAGCUGAUCUUGACAGACACGGACAUGCGCCGAGCAGUCAUCGGCGUACCCCUGUACCUGCUGACCACCAUCGCGUACGCCGCUAUGUUCCUCAUGAAGGUGUACAUGCAAUGGAAACCAGCCAAGGUGGACAUUCGUUACGACAGCGUCGUCGACCUUAUUGAACGGAUCGUCGUCUUGUUGAAGGAGCAAAGCCGUUGUACCCGCCAUGUGGCCCACUACAUUGGUCACGGCCUCAACAAUAUGCUGCAGAAAUUCAAGGAGCGAGGUCCGCAGGAGCAAUAUUACAUCGCGAGCGGGCAACAGCCGGGUGCUGUCGGAACCGCCAUGCCAGGCCAGCCUGUGCCUCAAUGGCCAGAGCAGAUGGAGCCGACUGACUGGGAAGGAAUUUUCAACGGGGGUAUAAUGAGUUUCGGCAUGCCGGAGCAGUAUCAACAGUACGGGCUACUGAGCGACCUGAAUUCGGGAUUCUAA